AAGAUUCAUCGUCUAUUUCCGUUUCCACGUAAACUUCCUUUUCAGCCAUUUGCACUGCGGCGAUAGGGUAUUCAAAAUGGUACAGCGUCUCACACUCCGACGGCGGUUGUCGUACAACACCAACUCCAACCGGAGAAAAAUCUCGAAGACUCCGGGUGGCAAGUUGGUUUACCUGUACCCCAAGAAACCCGGCAGCGUACCAAAGUGCGGCGACUGCAAACUGAAGCUACGAGGCAUCACCCCAGCCAGGCCCAGGGAGCUGUCGGCCCUGAGCAAGCGACACAAAACUGUCACCAGGACCUACGGUGGCUCCCGCUGCGGCAAGUGCGUCAGGAGCAGGAUCAUCCGGGCUUUCCUGAUUGAGGAGCAGAAGAUUGUGGCCAAGCUCCGCAAGGCCAAGCAGUCUGAGGAGCCCAAGAAGGUUUCGAAGAAAUGAGUGCGCCUUUGAAUCCGGAGCCUAAAUAAACUCAUUGGUGUGUAUAUAGGGA